UUAAACCACCCGGCCCUUGAGCCGAGCAAGCAAUCUCCUUCCGCUCCCAUCGCGCUGCAGCAGCUGCCGCCGCCUCGCCUCCCCCGAUUCGGCGGCCGCCUCGCCUCCGGAUCCCCAAUCCCCAUGGCGGCGGCGAAGGAGGAGGCGUUCACGGACGCGGAGCUGGAGGUGGCCGCCAUUCUGUGCGGCCUCAAGAAGACCCUGCGCGCGCGGGACCGGCGCCGGCGGCGGCGGAUGCAGCGCCUCCAACCGGCCCCGGAGCUCCCCACGUGGGGCCGGCGCCGGCCGCGGUCGAUGCCGGAGGAGAAGCCCGCCACCCCCGCCCCCGUCCUCCCCGCUUCCGGGGUCGCGGGGCGGGACGGCGCCGCCAGCCCGGACACGCCGCUCGCCUACCCGGAGAGCGGCGGGGACGACGCGACCAUGGAGGAGGAGGACGCCAAGAAGCCCACCUCCCAUGACCAGUGGGUGCCGGAGAAGCACGGCGUGGUCUCCAGCUUGUCGCGGGAGAGCGCGCACCUCCUCAUGCAAAUCGAGGAGGACAGAGCUCGGCUGCAGAGCUCGAGGAGCACGAACGAGAGCUUGAAGCAGUUGCAUAAGGUGAAACGGGAGGAGGAGGAGCAGGCGCGGAAACGGCCGCGGUUGGCGGCGCAGGGGCUGGACCUGAACGAGCCGGCGCGGGCGCCGGAGGAGGAGGAGCAGGCGAGGGCGCAGGCCCAGGCGGUCGCGGCGGCGGCGGCGGCCUUUGAGUACUACCGGCUCGUGCAGCAGCGGGCGGCGAUGGAGAAGGCGGCGGUGUCGGCGGGGGCGCGGCGGCGGAGGCUGGAGAUCCUGCGGGCCAAGGUGGCCUGCCCGCUGGUGUCGAGCAGGCCGCGGCGCGCGGGGUGAGCGCUGGAACUGGCGACGGCGGCGCCAUUGACGCCGCCGCGUGUGCAAGUUUUGAGCGUAGCAGGCUGGUCGAAUCGGACCAGCACUAGCUUGUAGUAGUCGUAGUAGUAAUUGCUAUAGUAUAGUGAUAGUCGGGCAAUCAAAACUGUUCUGGCGAAGACGAGAGUGUAGGAGGAAGGAAUCGAAGCCCAUUCGUAUUCAUGCCUGGGUCGAUUUGGAGAAAGGCAGGGAGAGGUAGCUGCCGUCUGGAUCGUCCUGGAACAUUGUGAGAUUUUUUAUCGGUACUUACUAGUAAGCAGUAUUGAUUAUAUUAUUGACUAAGGCCAUGUUCAUAAA